GGCGGUGCGCGGCGGUCGUAGUGCGAACCAUGGGAGGCGGCUGGUGGUGGGUUCCAGCCGCCCGCCUGGCGCGACUCCGCUUCCGAGGGGUAAUGCUGCCGCCUCCGCGGUCCCGGAGUGGGGGCGCCCGGGGAUCCUUCGCUCCGGGCCAAGGCCCCCGCACAGGGGCUUCGCCGCCCCCUGUGUCCGAGCUGGACCGCGCAGACGCCUGGCUCCUCCGGAAGGCGCAUGAGACAGCUUUCCUCUCCUGGUUCCGAAAUGGCCUCCUGGCAUCAGGCAUUGGGGUCAUCUCCUUCAUGCAGAGUGACAUGGGUCGGGAAGCCGCCUAUGGCUUCUUCCUACUGGGCGGCCUAUGUGUGGUGUGGGGCGGUGCCUCCUACGUGGUGGGCCUGGCGGCGCUGCGGGGGCCCAUGCAGCUCUCGCUGGGGGGUGCUGCCGCGGGCAUGGGCGCUGUCCUGGCCGUUGGUCUGCUCUGGGCUUGUGCCGUUGGCCUCUACAUGGGCCAGCUGGAGCUGGACGUGGAACUGGUGCCGGAGGAUGAUGGGACGGCCACUGCUGAAGGCUCCGAUGAAGCAGGCCGGCCCCCACCAGAGUGAGCAGCAGGCCCGCGGGGAAAUGGCCGGGCAUUGGAUGGCCAGGGCCUGAGGACCGGGACAUUAAAACCUGACCCUUUCUUCGCUCCA